UUUGACUUUUUCCAUAUAUUUUGUUUUGAAUUUCUUUCAGACGUCGUACUCUCAAUACAUUUUGUUGGAAGGAUAUGAAUCCAUGUAUGAAAAAUGUGGAUUCAUAUGGUUGUUUUGUAUUAUCAGUUUGAAGAUCCGAAACAUGUAAACAUGCGGUCUUGUGCUGGCGGCUCGGUGCUCCCGCGCGAGAUGCAGGAGGUCGCGGGGAGACGGUUCGUCACGGGCGGCGCCUUCGCCGGCCGCAAGGAAGACGGGCGCGGGGCGCGCAGGGCCUCCAGGUGGUUGCUCAGAGGGGGAGAGACGGCUCGGCGAAGAGGACGAGCGCUGGCUAGAGCAGCCGAGCGAGCUGGCGGGAGCCAAUGGAGAAACGCGGCGGCGCAGGAGGAAGAACGGGAGGGAGCAGAGGGAAAAAGGGUGCAGGGAACAGAGCUCAUCGGAUAAGAAUCAUAAGACCGAGGACCGCCCGGGUCCACGAUUCAUUGGUGUUUUAUUUUUAUUUUAGCUCAGCAUACAAUUAAGAAAAAAACAGGUUUAAGAAGGUGGCGAGAAAUUUUUCAGUGAACGUGAGUCAGCCGAUGGCUUUUGGGCUUCUGCCUCUUGCUGUAGUACUUCAUCAGGUACCACUAGAUGCAUUUGGUGGUCGUUCCAAUAAUUCAAUUGGAUCGUCGCUGCGUUUGGUGGUGGCCUUUCUGCGAGGUAGAUGGAGGGAUCUCCUCUGGCGGGUUGCUUCAAUGGCGGCAGAGGGAGAAGCCAAGUCUCUGCUUCGUUGUAUGCCGAGCUACCUCGCAGCAGCGGGAUCUCCGACAUCGCCGGUCCUUGGUGCCGGUGCGGUGGAGUAAUCCCCGGUGACAUGCUUGAUGUCAACGCGAGGGUCCCACGCGUUAUGCAUGGAAGGCAACCUGCAGCAACUUCCUCGUCUGCCCAUCGACCGGGCACCAGGGGGAUCUCGCCGCGCAGCGGGUAGCAGGCGCCCGUCACCUGCUCGAUGGAUUGCCUACCUGGACAGUCCUCUCCUGGAGCAUGCUCAUGACCGCUGGCGUAGCCCUGGGCAUCUCCCGGCCGAUGCGGAAGCCUACAAAUCUACAAUCUGCCAUUUGGUGUUGCUGCUAUUGCUUGCCGAUUUUGCAGCUGCAAGGGUGCUUCGUUGAUGUCGUCUCUGUACUUGCUUGCGGUGGACUCGACCUUGGCGCAUGCUGGUACUCUCAGUCAAGCUUCUUCUCAAAACCAGCUACUUCGGAUAUAUUGGAGGUACUGAUCAUGCUGUGUGCUCUAUUCAAGAUGACUCUAAAGAUGAGAUUAGGGAUAGACCCUUUGAUAAGCAUUGCAGUGCCGCAGCUACGUUAACCUUUUGAGCUUUGGAGCAAAAUACAGUGGACGAUGCAACAUCUUUUAAUAACAGAAUGAUGCAAUGGUUGUCCAGCUUGCAAUAGAAAGAUUAGUAGUGAAAGCUGAGAGAGUUUGUAGGGUGUUGGUGCUAGCAUUGUCGGCCCAAUUAUUAGUUAACCUAUUUCCACAUCUGGAUCAUUUAGGCGAAAUAUUGAUAGUGAGAUAUGCCAGAUUUCUCUGAAAUAUACUAAUUCCGGUACUUGAUAGAGCGAAGUGUCGUUCUAAUUCUAUUAGUCGUAGUAUCUGCUAGGCCCUUGAAGUCUGAAGGAACUGAAUUAUUUGAUUGACACGCAAAAGGGUUUCUGUGAGAAGGGCGUUGAAAAAGGGUUUGUGCAUGCAACGCAAUAAAAAACUAAACUCCCCAGACCAGGCAAUGUAUUGUGAAUCGCUGUUUUGCUCCCGCGCAGCGAAGCGCGUGUACGAAGCUAGUUGUCUCUAACCUUUCCCAGAACGGAAAACUUGCUCGGCUUUCGUCUCCUUUCCGGCUUUCCCCAGCUUGUCUCGCCAAUCUCCUCCUCAAUCCCCAGUUCCCCACUCCAGUCUGCAGCUCUUCGCCAGAAACCUACAAGACCAGCAGCGAUCACGCCGCACCGGAGCACCCCGCCAGGCUCGCCAUGUCGGCCGUUGCCUCCGCCUCCGCCAUUGUCGCUGACACGGCGAGCGGGUUCCACCACCUGAAGAUCGCCGGCUACUCAAGCCUCAAGGGCCUACCCAACGGACACCGCCUCAGCUCCUGCCCUUUCACGGUCGGAGGCCAUCACUGGAGGAUCGACUACUACCCCAACGGCGACCGCCAGGAGAGCGCGGGUUAUGUGUUCGUCUUCCUCGUCCUUGACGAGAAUAUGAUCGACGGAGUGAAAGCGCAAUUUGAGUUUGGUUUCUGGCCGAAGAAGCGAGGCCUCUUCUUCCGCAAGAGGACCAAGUCAGGGCUGAGGCUGCGGUACUUGUUUAGCCAGAGUACUCCAUCUUGGGGGUAUGGAGAGUUCAUGAAAUGGGAAGCCUUGGACAGAUCCGAGCAUCUCAAGGACGAUUCAUUCACAAUCAGGUGCGACAUCGUGGUGCUCAACAAGGUCUGCAUUCAGGGGCGUGCCAAGAAAGCCGCUCCGAAGUUCGUCUCCGUGCCCCCGUCCGACCUGAACAAGCACCUCGGCAGUCUCCUCGUCUCAGAAAAGGGCGCCGAUGUCCUGUUCGAGGUUGGCGGUGAGACAUUCGCCGCACACCGGUGCAUGCUCGCAGCCCGAUCGCUAGUCUUCAGUGCGGAGCUCUUUGGCUCAAUGAAGGAGGGCGACAUCAAUGACUUGGUCCGCAUAGAUGACAUGGAGGCGCAGGUGUUCAAGGCUUUGCUCUGUUUCGUGUACACUGGCUCCUUGCCAGAGAUGAAGGAAGAAGAUGAUGAAGAAGCCAUGUACCAUCACCUGCUUGUUACAGCGGACAAGUAUAACAUGGAGAGGUUGAAGUUGAUUUGCGAAGAAAAGUUGUGCAAGUACAUCGAUGUGGGCACGGUGGUGAACAUCUUGGCACUGGCUGAACCGCACCACUGCCAUGGGCUCAAGAGUGCAUGGUUCGAUUUUCUCAGCUCUCCAACAAAUUUGAGGACAGCCAUGGCCAGUGACGGCUUCGAGCAUCUCGCGAUAACCUGCCCCUCUGUUGUCAAGGAUUUGAUUGCCAUGUGUUCGGCAACUUAG